AUGGGUAAUACAGUCUCUAGCGCUACGCCGCGAAGUGCGAGUGCCGGAAUUGAUAGUUAUGUCAGUGAAUUAUCGGACGUCAGAUACGAGAAGAGCUUGGGAAGUGGUCAUUUUAUGAAGACGAUAAGAUGCAAACACCGUGAAGGUCUCGUUGUUGUCAAGAUUUUUAUAAAACCUGAUGCCGGCAUCUCCUUGCGAAAGUACGUCCAAGAACUAAAAGCGGAGCGUGAUAUUCUUCUCGACAUCCCGAAUGCUUUCCCCUAUCAAAGGAUCAUCGAGACGGAUCGAGCGGCGUAUAUGAUUAGGCAGCACCUUUACAGCAACUUAUAUGACCGUAUAAGUACUCGUCCAUUCUUGGCUUCAAUUGAGAAAAAGUGGAUAGCGUACCAGAUAUUGACAGGAUUGGCAGCGGCCCAUGCUCAACAUAUCUAUCACGGCGACAUCAAAACCGAAAACAUUCUGGUUACCAGCUGGAAUUGGGCAUAUUUGACCGACUUUAGCAGCUUCAAGCCAACUUUCCUUCCCGAGGAUAACCCAGCAGAUUUCUCAUUCUUCUUCGAUACGUCCUCGCGCCGUGUGUGUUAUCUUGCUCCGGAACGCUUCUAUGCACCAGGAGAGACGUUGUUUAGCGACAAGGAUGGGAGCUUGUGUGAAUCCAUGGAUAUCUUUUCGUUAGGAUGUACCAUCGCAGAGCUCUUUUUAGAGGGAACCCCACUGUUCUCCCUUUCUCAGCUGCUACGUUACCGAAGUGGGGAUUACGAUCCCUCACCGGAACUGGAGAGGAUUGAUGACCUUCAUAUAAGAAACAUGAUAAAACACAUGAUUCAGCUGGAUCCAGCUAAUAGGAAGACAGCCGAGACGUAUCUUGCUGAGUGGGCUGGGAAAGCUUUUCCUGAGUACUUCUACACAUUUCUUCACAACUAUGUUGCCUCGUUGGGAGACGCAACAGUAUCAGCUAAUCCCCUGGCAGACAGAAAAAUCGAACGCAUUUACCACGACUUUGACAAAAUUGCCGUCGCUUUGGAAAUCAUGAACGAAUCCACUCAAGACGAAGUAAGCGAACUGCCAGAGCGGGAGAGUCCUUCUGGACGAGCUGUAUUGUCCGGGCAUGUGGGUGAUGGCUGUUUGAUCUUCACCACAAUAAUCUGCUCUGCCUUGCGCAACGUAGGGCAACCGUCUUCCAAGCUUUUCGCCCUUGAUUUGCUACUUGCACUAGCAGUGCAUCUCUCCGACGAGCCGCGACUGGACCGUCUUGUACCUUACAUUGUAGCCCUUCUCGAUGACGAUUGUGGCUAUGUGAGAGCAACUGCAGUGACAACGUUAACGCAACUGUUAAACAUGAUAGAGCGUAUUACUCCUCCAGAUGCGAAUAUUUUCCCAGAGUACAUUCUUCCUAGCCUGCGAAGGUUUUCGAGUGAUCCAGAUGCAUUUGUCCGGGCCAAAUAUGCCCAAUGUGUCCCAGCUAUAGCGGAAACGGCGCUGCGCUUCCUUGAAUUGUCCCAGCUGCUCCGGGAUAACAGUCAUUCCGAACUCGAAGCUGAUGGCGACCCAUACCAGCAGAUCACAUAUGAUUCCGGUCUGCGAGAUCUGCAAGAGAUUAUACAGGAGGAGGUUAUCACUCUACUUAUCGAUCCCGAUCCUCUCGUCAAAAGAACCUUACUAUCGGAAAUGGCCCGCUUAUGCAUCAUUUUCGGGAGACAGAAGGCCAAUGAUGUUCUCCUCUCACAUAUGAUUACCUACUUAAACGACACCGAUUGGCAGCUCCGCAGUGCUUUUUUUGAGAGCAUCGUGGGUGUCGGUACCUUCGUUGGUGGGCGAAGUUUAGAGGAAUAUAUCUUGCCUCUGAUGGUGCAGGCGCUGACAGAUGCUGAGGAAUUUGUGAUCGAGAAAGUCCUUAACGCUUUAACAUCGUUGGCAGAGCUAGGUCUCUUGCAGAAGACAAAGUUGAAAGAGUUAGCAGGCACCGUUGUCCCUCUAGUCUGCCAUCCGAAUACAUGGAUCCGCUUUGGAGCUAUUGCAUUUAUCUCGUGCGCCGCACGCCUUUUGCCGCAAAUCGAUGUCCGGUGUAUCUUAUAUCCCAUCAUCAGUCCUUUUUUGAAGACUGACAUCGCAGACAUCACCGAAGUCAAUCUGUUGGAGAGUUUGAAAAAUCCGAUUAGUAGGGUACUCUAUGAUCAGACGCUGGCGUUUGCAUCAAAAGCUGCUGCAGCCGGGGAUCGAGAACGCGUCUUAUCGGGUGGUAGCUAUCGAGGAAUGGAAUACAACAGGCCUCUACAUGGUGUCGUCGAUGUUGCCAGUCCGACGGAAAGAGGAAAAGUCAGCCAGGGUCCAGAAAGCAAUGAGCUUCUGCAGCGACUGAGGGAACUCGGAAUGACUGACGAAGAUAAGGAAAAGCUCUUUGCAAUGAAAUAUUACAUUUCGAAAGCAACGCAGUCGCGUCUGAGAAAGUCUGCAGCGGAUAUGCAGUAUCAAUGGGCAUAUCCUGAUGAAUUGGAGGGAAAGUCUGAUCUGGUAGCCCUCAAAAACUUUGGAAUCACCCCACACACAUUGUUCCUUUCUCCAAACGAAGACUUCCGGCCCAGCUUCCUGGUUUCUGACGCUGUUCUGCCGAAUGCACCGUGGAUGUCACGCGCACCCUCCGACUCGAAUGUUUCCCAAGUAUUCGAUCCCACUCGCAGCUUGUCUCCUGUAUCUGCAUCCGUAAAACAGCUCAGAAGUCCGACGCAUCGAAGAAAUGCCUCCGACACGUCGCUUAUGCAACACCUGAACGUUAGGGCACGUUCACCGGCGAUGGGGGAGCCUUAUGCAACUUCGCCCACCUCGUUAAUGUCAGAACGCCUCAGCGAGACGGGGACUGACGCUACAUCCACUACCGUCAGCUCUGCACCUAUGCCCCGAAGCGCUUCAGCCAAUGUUCUAGUGCCCUUAUCCAGGACCAAGCACCCUUCUGUAGGUGGAGGAGGUCUCGAUAGCUUGUUGGCAGUGCCGGGAAGAGCUUCACCAAUGGUGUCUGCGCCGCAUAAUCGCAAAAGGAGAGGUCAUUCACGAACAGGAAGUGAUGCUAGCAGCAUAGUAACCUCAACAACCAACGACGAUGCAGCCAGUGUAUCGGACCGUGUGUCUCUUAUGACGGCUGGCGAUGGUCACCCUGGACUAAGCACUAGAAGUGGGAUGAUGGGGAAUAGCUUUGAGGGCAAAGACAAGUAUAUUCGACGGCUAGUGGCCAAGAAAGUACGAGAAUACUUUCCUCCUCCUAUUCCAGAGCUAGGACCAAAGGUUUCUAUACGAACUGCCGCUAAUGCACCUGCCCAGCGGCCACGUCGUGCGAAAGGAAGUUCGACUCUCAGUCACGACUGGAGUGGCUGGCGCCCGGAAGGGAUUUUGGUUGCUCACCUUGCUGAACACCGCGAACCUAUAAAUUGUUUGCGAAUCUCGGCGGACAACACCUUUUUCGUCACUUGCUCCGACGAUAAGACUGUCAAAGUUUGGGAUACCGCGCGAUUAGAGAAGAACGUAACAAAUCGGGCGAGAUUGACAUACACGGGACAUGAGGGCAAGGUCAAGGCGCUGACUUUCUGUGAAAACACACAUAGCGUUGCCUCCGCGUCAGAAGAUGGGGCCAUCCAUGUUUGCAGGGUGGAAUGUGUCAACAGGGGCGGCGCUUGGCGGUAUAUCGGAUACCACCCUGUUCGCACCAUGCACCUUGAAAACGAUUAUGUGGAACUUCUAGAACACUAUGAUACCGAAACACAUUCCGUUCUCGUUUACGUUACGGCAAAGGGCAAGCUUUGUGGCAUCGACCUGCGAACCAUGACUGAAGUCUGGUCUUUCGACUGUCCUCCCCAACAUGGCAAAGUUACAGCCAUGGUGCUCGAUAAACAGAAGAUUUUCUUGAUUACGGGAACCCACCGCGGAGUGUUUACGCUUUGGGACUUGCGAUUCAAACUACAGGUGAAAGUUUGGGCGCACCCUUCUCGAAAACCGAUCCAUCGGAUGGGAAUAUGGGGUGGCUCUGAAGGUCUGUUCAUUACCGUAGCGGUUGACGGACCCACACAGGAAGUUUCAGUGUGGAAUGUGGAUUCUAGUGAAUGCCAGCAGGUGUGGUGUGUGGUCGCGGCGGGUCCGCAUGGAACCGACAUAGAGGAGGAAAUGAAUAAAGUGUAUGGUGCCGGCUUAAAGGCUGUGCAUCCACCGGACCUUGAUGAUUUCAUCGGAACCAAGCCUAGCACGACAUCAGAUACCACACCGAUAUCCGCAAGUGCUAAUACCAGCGUAUUUACUUUCCUGACCUUCCCGGACGCACCUUACAUGCUGACUGCUGGCACUGACCGGAAAGUGCGUCUAUGGUCCUUUACCGAUAUUGAAGCGUCGUAUGUCGUAACUGGGCUGGAGCCGGAUGACGCUCCCCCGCGAUACAGCUCACACCAAUUCGGAGAUAUUCAGUUUCACUUUGAAUAUACGCCAACACACCACUUUACGCCAACAACUUCCUCCGUUGUCUCUGGAAGCGCAAGCACGUCCGCCUCACGUUCUGUGUCGUCUCCGAGACUUUUACGGACCGCCAGUAGCUCUCAACAGGCACGCACCACAAAUACGGGCUCUGGUGUUGGAAUGGUAGCAAGCCCAACGUUAGUCCGCCAUCGAGACGCAAUUGUGGAUGCGGCCAGAACGGUUCUACCGUUUCCCAUGCUCAUAACGGCGGGUAGGGAUGGUGUGGUGAAGGUUUGGAAAUAG